AUGGUGCCCACGCUGCUGCCCCUCCUGCUGCUGCUGCUGCUGCUGCUGCUGCCGCCGCCGCUCCUGCCCGCCGCGGCGGGCGGCCGCUGCCCGCCCCGCUGCGCCUGCAGCCAGGCCGCCCUGCGCUGCCCGCCGCCGCCGCCGCCGCCGCAGGGGGCGCUCCCCGCGCCCGCCCGCGCAUCAUUUACUCACCUGCCUGUAAAAGUAAUCCCAUCACACGCAUUUGAAGGGCUUAGAGAUGCCUUCAUCAUUGAAAUCUCUCAGAGCGACUCCCUGGAGAGAAUAGAAGCGAGCGCAUUUGACAGCCUUCCCACUUUGUCUGAAAUAUUAAUCCUGAACACGAAAAAUCUGUUGCACAUCGAGGACGGAGCGUUCAGAAACCUUCCAAGGCUAAAAUACUUGAGCAUUUGUAACACCGGAAUAAGACAGUUUCCAGACCUGACACAGAUCUUCUCAUUAGAAGCUCAUUUUAUUUUGGAGCUCUGUGAUAACUUGCGUAUGACAACUAUACCACAAAAUGCUUUCCAGGGGAUGAACAAUGAAUCGCUGACACUCAAAUUGUAUAAAAAUGGAUUUGAAGAUAUCCACAGUCAUGCCUUCAAUGGGACAAAGCUGAAUCAAUUAAUCCUGAAGGACAAUAAGAACCUCAGGUGGAUACACAACGACGCUCUGAGAGGGGCCACAGGGCCAGAUGUCCUGGAUAUUUCUUCAACAGCACUGGAGUCCCUGCCUAGUUAUGGGCUCGAGGCCAUUCAAGUCUUAAAUGCAACGUCAUCUUACUCGUUAAAGAGACUGCCACCGCUGGAUAAAUUCAGCAGUCUUCUAGAAGCUGCUCUAACGUAUCCCAGCCACUGCUGUGCUUUUCGAAAUCUAAGGACAGAAAAACAAAAUUCCUUGCUUUCCAUUUUUGACAACUUCUCCAAAGAGUGUGAAAGCACCAUGAGGAAACCAACUAAUGAAGUGUUCUACUCAGCCAUUUUCGAUGACAGUGAAAUGACCGGCUUCGACUUUGAGUAUGACUUUUGUCAGCCUAAAAUACUCACAUGCACUCCGGAACCAGAUGCAUUUAAUCCUUGCGAAGACAUCCUGGGAUACAGCUUUCUCAGAGUCCUGAUCUGGUUUAUAAACAUCCUUGCCAUUGCUGGCAAUUUCACUGUACUCCUCGUUCUCAUAACUAGCCAUUACAAGCUCACUGUUCCUCGCUUCCUCAUGUGCAACCUCUCCUUUGCUGAUUUUUGCAUGGGACUUUAUCUGCUGCUCAUUGCUUCUGUUGACGCCCAGACAAGCGGUCAGUACUACAACCACGCAAUAGACUGGCAAACAGGCAGCGGCUGCAGUACCGCCGGCUUUUUCACCGUGUUUGCAAGUGAGCUCUCAGUGUACACGCUAACAGUGAUCACUAUAGAAAGGUGGCAUACGAUCACCUAUGCCAUGCAGCUGGAUCGAAAGCUACGACUGAGGCAUGCCGUACCGAUCAUGCUCGGUGGCUGGAUAUUCUCCAUUUUAAUAGCAGUGCUGCCUCUCUUAGGGGUCAGCAGUUACAUGAAGGUCAGCAUUUGUUUACCCAUGGAUAUUGAAACAGGUCUUUCCCAAGCCUACAUACUGCUGAUCUUAGUGCUAAAUGUUGUCGCCUUCAUUGUCAUUUGUGCUUGCUACAUUAAGAUUUACAUAGCUGUUCAGAAUCCAGAGCUAGUAGCUGCCAAUAAAGAUACCAAGGUCGCCAAGAGAAUGGCGAUACUGAUCUUCACAGAUUUUACCUGCAUGGCCCCCAUCUCCUUUUUUGCCAUAUCCGCUGCCUUUAAAGUACCUCUCAUCACAGUGACAAACUCCAAGAUCUUGCUGGUUUUAUUUUACCCUGUCAACUCCUGUGCAAACCCGUUUCUCUACGCAAUCUUCACCAAAGCAUUUCGAAGGGAUUUCUUUCUGCUGAUGAGCAAGCUUGGUUGCUGUAAGAGCCGAGCAGAGCUUUACAGGAUGAACUAUUUCUCUGCUUAUACCUCCAACUGCAAGAACGGCAGCUCAGCCACAGCCCCCAGCAAAGCCUCGCAAGCGCUGCUGCUGUUGUCGGCGUUAGAGAAGCCAUAUCCUGCAGUACGAGACAAGACAUGUUACAACGAAAAUUAAACCGGAGUGCCAAUAGAUGCGGCACUUUGCAAGGCCAGUUGUAAUUAUUCUAGUGACUAGGGAUUAUUUUAUAAUACCUUGAACGUUUCACAAUAAAUAAAAAUGC